CAUAUUAUUUGUUUGGAGAAACCGCAUAAAUGGCUCUUAUUUGUAGAGGAAGUUUAGCGGGAUAUUAGCAAUUUCGGGUCCCAAAAUAUGUGAAAGUAACUCUUAAUAUAUACACAGUAGUAUUACUCAGUCUUACUCUACAAAAAAUUGUCCGUAGAUUAUUAUUAUUUAUUUAUUCCUUCUUCCAAUUAUAAAUACCCUGAUGAAUACAAGAUGGGCACUAAAAGCUUGAAUUGUUGACCCGCAAAUUAGAUUCAGAGGUGCAUUCCUUAAAAAUGGUGUGAGGCUCAGAAAUUUCCUAGAAAAGUAGAGAAAAAUUUGCGAUGUAGUGUUGUUUACCACAACGGUGCUUGUGGUUUUCAAUCGAAAUUUUGCCUUAGCUUCCGCAUUUGUGAUUGUCAUAAUAGAAUUUGAUCAAUCAAGGGAGGCGAUCCAAAAAUUGCACAAUUAUAUAGAAAAUUUCGCAUUAUUAAUUCUGAUCACUCUCUAUUUCUGGCGCAUUAAUUAGCCGUAUCCAAAAAUAGAAAAUUGCUAUGUUCGUAGAUGCGUUGCUUUUACGGGAAAUUGAUUCCAUCAUCGGGAAUUUUGGGCGGGGAUAAUCAUAAUCACAUGUUUUGUUUUCACAAAAAGUGGGAUAGUGCGUGCAUAACCGCACUCCUUCAGGUCCUAAAUGCGUUCAGCACCGUUGCAUCUGCUGUCUGUUUUCUUUCUUGAAUUGAAAAUGUUUUAUAUAAUUACUUCCACCACCAUCACCGCAGCUUUGGAAAUCUAUUUGUAAGUGUGCUGCGAUUAUUUCCUUUAAAUUUUUUUACCUUUGGCGCGGCAAUCAUCAUAGUCCUGAUGUUACGUUCGAGAGAGUCGCCAAAUACAUUAUGAUUGCACACGCGUCUAUAAUUAUGAUCACACCAAAAGAAAACUAAAAUUAGCCUUUAUCUCAAAAUGCCGAUUUUACUUGUGAAAGUUUGCUAUGUUAGAAGAAUAGAGUGUGCAUUCUUUUAGAAUAAAAAUUGCACAAAAUAUUAAUGCAUCGAUUGCUAUAGAUGCACCUUUGACUCAAUUUGGUAUGCCAUUAAUUAAAAUUAGCUCUUUGAUCGUAUGUAAUAAAUUCAUGUGGAGAAUAUCAUAUUAUAUUUGAUUGAUCCGUUUUCAACAAAAAAUUUAUAACUAAAAUAAAAUUAUUAUUUUCAAGAAAAGUGUGGAAUACAAGCCUAGGCUGAGAGCUUAUUUAUGAGUCUGUAAAAUAUUGACACACAAUAAAACAAUUAAAACUCAGGUUGGUCUGUUUACUUUUUAGAAGUUUAUGAAGACAUUAAGUUUUGCUAAAAGUGCUAGAACCUUCGAAAAAUUAAUUUCGAUUGUGGUAGGGAACGAAUAGCCCAAUAAAUUUUCAAACAAUUUAAUUAUCGGGAACAUAUUAUUGAGCAGCGCGUAAAAUAAUUUGCGAAAUUAUAACAAUCCUUUUUGUGAAUUGAGUUUAAAAAAAAAUUGAAAAUUAAUGCGCUAAUUAGUUUUUGAUUGCUAAAAAAUUAACUUCAAAAGUUUAAUGUAUCAACAAAAAAAAUCUGAAAAUAAUCAGAUUUAUUUGGUGUCGUUAGUAUUGUUCAACCUUUUACAAUUUACUGCAUUGGCUCAAAGUUUUUUUUUACCCCCAGCGCAAAACUUUCAUGUUGAACUUUUAAUCUAGCUCAACUUUUUUAUUGUUGAAAAUUAUUUAUGAUUCUGCACGGUUCUGAUGAAUUUAAAAAUUUUCUCUUCAAUUACAAAUAAUUUCUAUCAAUAAGAAUGUGUACCUUAUCAUGACCAAAUAGGAUAUUAUUUCUUGAUAAAAUAGGACCUUGCAAAGUUUUCAUUGUAAGCUAACAAGUCAUUGGGCAGGGCGGCAGAUAACUCUUACAAUUAGUAACACCUUAAAUUACAAGUUUCUUUCCUCAAUGCUUGAUGCAUUUUAUAGCCUUAAUUAAAUUUCUUAAAAAAUUUACCGGGAUAAAGAGCAAAAACCAAUGUUCAUUUAGAAAGUAAAAUUUGAUCCCUGAUAGAGAUUCAUAAUUGGGCAAUUAAAUUUCAACGCAUUUAUUUUUGGGCACCAGGACGUUUAUUAAAAAAGAAUCAAGUACAAUUAUUUUCAUAUUCUCAACUCAUACAUACCAGUUGUUGUAUAUAAUUUUUUAAACGUCUAGUUUUCGUUUCCGUCCUACGGCUAAGGAGAGCACAGAACAUUCUAGUCUCCUUACUUUGGCAAUUAAAAAAGCUUUAAACACCAAAAAAAUGUUAUUGCGAAAAAUUCCUACCACCGUGUUUUCAGCACUUUUUAUUUUACAGUAUUUAGUAUAGGUUAGACUGCUUCUGGUGUGCAACUCAUAGUAAAUAAUUGUUUUAUAAAAAUAAAUCUUAUUGGUAUUCAGGCACAUAAUAAUAUAAACUUAAUUAAUACGAUUCUAAAGACUUAGAAAUAAAAUUAAUUUUUUUUAAACAAUUUUAUUUGAACCGCGCUCUUUAUACUUUAUAUUAAUAUAUCGACAUAUAAAAAAUUGCGAUAAAUCAAAUCUGAACGUGUGAUCGUCGCCUCCUCGAAGCAUUAGUUUGCAUGUCUGACUGAAGUACAGCGCUUUUGAGAUGCAACAGAGAGGUUUGCAUCACCAAAAAGUAAACUGGGCAAAUGUGAUUUGUGUUGCGACAGUGCAGCGCUCACGGCGUCGACCUGCACACUCUAAAAAAUGAGAUUCGAGGAAAUGGAGAGGGAUUUUCGCGGGCCGAAUAAAUGUGGUCCAUGGCGCGGCCGCGCGCACAGACACGAUGGUGCUACAGUCCUGGACGGAGGGUCGCACGGAGACACUAGUGAGGGGUCUUCGGUUGCACGACUUGGGCCUCGACCAGGCGUUUUUAAACGUUACUAACACUCUAAACGAGCAAGUUUUCCUCUACACCGUCAAAGAUGCGUGCUAUAAGUGUCCAUACUCAUUCACGGCCGCGCUUCCUGCCAAAAAUUCUACUAUCCUGAAAGUCAAUUCAGUUUACUCAAUCAAAUCGCGCAUCUACCGCGAGAACCUUGGACAAUAUGUGUCCGCCAGCAACCGAUCGUCUCUCCAGUGUGGUGUGGAAACCCCUCUGCAGAUGGGUGAAUUUGGUAUUUAUGACCUAGUCGUCAAUGAGAAUGGAGAGUGCACCACGGACACUUACUACGAGCCUGUCAACAUUUACAUGUCUGCGCUUUGUGUGACCAUACUCACAGUCUUCCUGAUUUCCCUGUACUACUUUGUACAUGGCAUCUCACAAAAUUGGGCAAGUCGAAAUAAAGAAGGCGAUGAUUUACCUGAUCAAACCAACAAUAAUAACCCCCUGGUAGCAAAAUUGAAGAAAAAAGAGGCACUCCUUACCAAAAAGCAGAGGCUUAAAUCUCUUGACGCGUUCCGCGGUCUAAGCGUGAUCCCUUUAAUUUUUUACCUGCACCAUGGCGGCGGUUACGCAGUGCUCGAGCACGCCAGUUGGGAUGGUUUGCCGAUUGCGGACUGGCCCUUCCCGUGGUUCUUGUGGAUCAUGGGGGUUUGUGUGCCGAUGGGCAUCAACAGCAACAUGGAGCGCCAGCUUAGCAGGGGAACCAUGAUGUUGCAUAUUUUGAGGAGAUCUACCGUUCUCUUUGCUCUGGGCAUUAGCACCAAUUGCAUUGAUUACGGAUUAGCAUAUGAGACAUUCCGAUUUUUCAAUGCUCUUCAACGUUUUGGCAUAAUGUGUCUGAUCAAUGCAAGUUUGUGCGCGCUCCUCUGGCCGCGCGACGUCUCAAAAAUCAAAGGCAAAUUUGCUGAUCUGCGAGUUAUGUGGCCUCAAUGGGUGGUUCACACAAUUGUGCACAUAAUCACCCUCGGUCUGGUGUUCCAUCUUCCUGUCCCUGGAUGUCCGACGGGCUACUUGGGCCCAGGAGGCUUAAGCGAAGACAGAAUGUAUCAAAAUUGCACUGGGGGAACUUUUGGAUAUGUGAACAAGUUAGUUAUGAGCGAGUCUAAUUUGGAGCAGAACCCAACCAGUAAGGCUGUAUAUGAGGUUAAUGCAUUUGACCCCGAAGGCGUUUUUAGUAAUUUGCCAUCUCUACUCACUAUCAUCCUGGGUAUUCAAGCCGGAGCGAUUUUGGUCGUUUACAAUGACUGGAAGGCAAGAGUAAGCCGUUUGACAAUCUGGGGAACUUCAUGUGUAUUGAUUGCUAUCAUCCUCCAUUUGUCCGGCGCCAUCCCAAUUAAUAAGCAACUUUGGAGCACAUCUUUUGCACUCAUCACUGGUGGAGGCGCAUUCUUCGGACUGGCACUCUUCUACUUCCUGAUAGACGUCAAAAAGUGGUGGACCGGAUACCCAUUCGUGGAGCCUGGCGUCAACUGCCUCUUUUUGUAUGUUGCAAGCAAACUGACGGCUCACCUGUGGCCUUUCCACUGGAGCAUUGGACCCAUGGACACGCACUUCAUUCUUCUACUAGAUACAAUGUGGGCUUGCUCGAUCUGGGUCCUGAUCGCAAGGUGGCUUUUCCGGCGUAAUAUCAUUAUUACUGUCUAAAUAACGGUUUUGUUCCGAUGUGUUUUAAUUUGUGUAUAUAUGUGAAUAGCUUUUAACCCUUGUUGUUGAUUGAUUGUGAAUCAAAGUUAUAAAAUGUGUGCUAAUAAAUUGUGCGUACAA